AUGGCGGUCAACUUGCAGCACCAGGAUUACACAGAUGAAAAUCUAGCAAACAUCAUAGAGAGCUCUUGGAAUGAAUGGUUUUCUUACGACGAUGUCAAGACCCUAUUUGAAUCUGGUGAUCAACUCCAAAUUUCAACUGAACCGAUCAAGACAUCUCCAGAAGGAUUGUACCUCUAUGGAAGUGAUGGCAAUAUAGAUGAAUUAGAAUGGGAUGAAGAAGAUGCCGUUGUUGCUUGGGAGGACAACGAAGUGGUCAGAGAAGUAGUCAUCUUGUGCAGAGCUUCGUACAAUGUCUUUGAAACUCUUCCAGUGAAGAGGACUCUUGAAAGAAGGAGGUAUGCGUCGGCAAACUUUCAGAAUCACUGCCUAGUUCACUAUCGGGUAAUACACGAGGAAGUCAAUGCUCAAGAUGUUGAAGAAGAAGUUGAAGACCCUGAUGAAGACGACGAUGAUUACUAUGACGGAGAGGACGAUGAUGAUGACGGGAGUGGUGGAGACGACGAUGAUGGAGACGGGGGUAGUGGAGACGAAUUUGAAGAAGCUGCCGAAGAUGGUGAUGACUAUCCUCCUGAUAUUGCUGCUCCUGUCGCUGCAGCUGCUUGGGCCAUGGAUCUUGCAGUUGACCACCCUGCUACCGAUAUUGCUCCUGCGGCUGCCGCUUCUCUAAGUAGUUUACAUUCUGAUCUACGUGAUGAUGCCUUGGAAAAAGUAUGUGGCGGUCUUGACAUUCUCCAAGAGGCUGAAGAUGAAGUGAAAACACUGAAUCCGAAUCCCCUGAAGUCCAGCGAAAUGAAGUCCAGCGAAGGAUGUGGCGGUCUUGACAUUCUCCAAGAGGCUGAAGUUGAAGUGAAGACAUUGAAUCCCCUGAAGUCCAGCGAAGGAUGUGACGGUCUUGACAUUCUCCAAGAGGCUGAAGUUGAAGUGAAGACACUGAAUCCCCUGAAGUCCAGCGAAAUGAAGAAACGGAAACGGGUGUUUAAGAAGAACGAAGAAAGAAGGAUUGAUGACUGUGAAAAGGAGGGAAAUCGUUUCAGUGCUGUUAGAGGAGCGCACAAAAAAAUAAAACGCGCAGAGAAAGCUGAGAGCAAAAUUCCUGGUGAUAUUGCUCAGUCUGAUAUUCUUGCUAGCAGAGAUGGUGAAGUCGACAAGGCUAAAGAGGAAGGUUUAAGCGGGCAGGAUAUUCUGGACAAAACUGAUUGA